UCAGACUUUCCUGUUCAACUGACACAUCCCACUUAUGGUUCCCGAGUACUCGGAAUCGCCAGCGUCUGUUUUCAAUACAAGGUUUUCAAGGUUACAGUCUUACGCGUACACAUAGAAGCAUGGACUCCAUUCAGAAACCGCCCCUACAACUUCUCGUCGCUGAGCCGUCAGAUGCUCUCGAGAUUCUGGAAAUGCAAAUAGCUUCUUUCAAGGAUCCCUAUGAAUGGGGUUUCUAUGUCCUAUUUCCGGAAAAAGAAGAUAGAGAAAAAGGAGUGAAGAGAAUGCUUGAUUUAUGGCUAAAUGAUCCAACCGCUACAUAUAUAAAAGUCGUUGAUACGGAGACUAGGAAAAUCAUCAGCGCGGCAAAAUGGUGCAUUCACAAAGAGCCACCUCCCAAAUCCGCAACCGUGAGCCAGAAGAUUCAUUUCGAUUGGCUGCCUGAUGCGGAUUCGAACGAAUGGGGUGAAGAAAUCUGGGACUUUCUGCUUCAAGGGCAAUUGGCAAGAUUGCAACAUGGAGGUUGCUGCAUCAUCGAAAUGCUCUGCACGCAUCCAGAACACCAACGUCGAGGUGCGGGUUCGAUGUUGAUGAAGUGGGGAAUUGACAUCGCAGAUAGUUUGGGUUUGAGAGCGUUUGUUCAAGGCACUCACCAAGGGAAAGAACAUUUGUAUCAGAAGUUCGGGCUUAUGGACCAUGAAGGCUGGCUUACGGUUCCUGUGUCCGAGAAGCAUAAGGACAGACCUGUUGUUGGGUGGUUCAACCUUGAGAGACCGGCAAAGACUGCCCAUGUAGAGGCCAAGGACUCUACCUGAUGCCGACCUGCGAGAGCAACUCGUGGAAUCAUACAUACCAUCCUGAUGCUCUGUUAUUAUUAUGUUACUUGUAUUUAGAAAGAUCGGAGAAGUAAAGGAGAUCUGCUUGUCACUGUUCUGGUCAUCAGUCAUAGCUCAUCAUAACUCAUGUCUUUACUAUGGC